AUGCAAUUGCGGAGUAGCGAAAUACAAAAGCCUGGGAAAGGCGAUUUGAUCCGUGCAUAUACCCUCCAGCACGCGGAGAGCGGCCUCGGGAAUGAUUACUUUAAGCGGAAGAACGUGAUAAGGGUACGAUUAGAAGGGGAGCAGUUUCUCUUGCAGGCAGCAGAUGUACCUUCCGUUGUGGAGUGGAUAGAGGCUUUACAUGCGGGCACAAACAUCGCACUUGACCUUGAUCAUCGUGUCAUGCCAAAAGGGCCGAUGUUCCCGAGGCGACGACGGAGAAGGAAUCGACGACCAGCAGAUGAGAACACUCAAGCUGGUAAUGGAGUAGCAAUCCCUGCAGUUGUGCUGUAA